AUGCACAUUUUCAAGAAUCUGACAGAGCCGACCGCCGUCACUCACAGUCUGUCGUGCAACUUCACCGGCGAGAGGAACCUGGUGCUAGUCAAGGGCUCGCAGCUGCUCCAGAUCUUCCGAUACAAGGACGACAUCCCUACCAAGGAUGAAGCUCCUCGACUCGAGCUCAUCACCGAAUACUACCUCGAUGGAACCGUCACGGGCGUGACCCGAAUAAAGACAAUCGACAACUACGAUUUGGAUUCGCUCUACAUCUCUGUCAAGCAUGCCAAGGCCGUGAUUGUUGCAUGGAAUGCUAGCAGUUUCACCAUCGACACCAAAUCGCUGCAUUACUACGAAAAAGGCUUGGUCGAGAGCAACUUCUUCGAGCCCGAGUGCUCGUCUGUUGCUGUAUCAGAUGAGGCGAACUCGUUCUACACCUGUCUGCUGUUCCAGAAUGAUCGAAUGGCGUUUCUGCCUAUUAUCGAGAAGGGUCUUGAUGACGAUGAGAUGCCAGAAAGUGGCCAGGUAUUUGAUCCCUCCUUCAUUGUUAAGGCAUCGAGGCUCGAUAAACGUAUCGAGAACGUGAUGGAUAUCUGCUUCCUUCACGAGUACCGAGAAACGACAAUGGGUAUCCUUUUUCAGCCCAAGAGAGCAUGGGUGGGUAUGAAGAAUAUUCUCAAGGACACGGUGAGCUACGCUAUCGUCAGUGUCGACGUCCAUCAGAAGAACUCCACCGUAAUUGGUACCUUGAAUGGCCUGCCAGUGGAUGCCCAGAAGGUCAUUCCUCUGCCUGCUCCUCUUGGUGGCUCACUUAUCAUCUGCGCCAACACCAUUCUCUACAUCGACUCCUCGGCUAGUUACACAGGUGUCAUGGUCAACAACACACAUCGACAAAACUCUGAUCUCAUCGUAUCGAGGGACCAGUCGACUCUUGACCUGCGACUGGAAGGUGCUGAGGUCUGCUUCAUCCAGGAGUUGGGCAAUACCGCCCUCUUGGUGACAGAAGAUGGCCAGUUUUUCAGUCUGCUGUUCAACAAGGAUGGUAGACGUGUGGCUAGUCUCGAACUGCGACCUAUUGAGCCAGACAACUUCAUCCUAUCCCAGCCUUCCUCUGUUGCAGCUGGGCCUGAUGGAACUAUUUUCCUUGGAUCUCGAGCUGGAGAUUCGCUCUUAGUCAAGUGGUACCAUGGUGAGCCAGAAAGUCAGCCCGAGGAGACUCUAGAUGACGGAAACGAGUCUGACGAUGAUCUUUAUGGCGGUGACACAGCUCAAACAGAGGACACUACCAAUCGUCCAUUGAAGCUACGUCUGGCCGACCGCAUGCUUGGUAUGGGACCCAUGCAAUCGCUGGCUUUGGGCAAGAAUAGAGGCAGUCAAGGUGUUGAGUUUGUCACUACUACAGGUGUCGGUGCAAACUCUGCUCUGGCCAUUCUCACAAGCGCACUGAUGCCAUACAAACGCAAGUCCUUGUAUAAGGACAUGCCGGGAGGCCAGUUCUGGUCAGUACCCGUGCGUUUUGAGGAGGAAGGGGAGGUUGCCAAAUCUCGAACUUAUGUUGUCUCGUCUGACAGUGAGAACUCAUAUCUGUACUAUGUUGAUGCCGCUGGGGUUAUUGAAGACGUUUCUCUCAGUACCAAGAAGAAGAAGACCAAGAAGCAUUUUGUUUCGAAUGUCACCACAAUCUUUUCUUCUUCAAUGCUGGAUUCGGCGCUCCUCCAGGUCUGUUUGGAAACUGUCAACAUUUACGACGCCAAGAUCGGACAGCCCCACAAAUACUCCCUGCCCCAAGGUACUACAGCCGUGGAGGCUCGUGUACUGGGCAACUACGUGCUUGUGUUGCUGUCUGAUGGCCAGGUGAAGAUAUUGGAGGCCGUGAGCAUCAACAAGAGACCAUUCUUGAAGGCUGCGCAGGUCUCUAUCGAGCCUGCCAGUGAGUCCAAGGCCAUCGGUAUCUACGCCACUGACUCCUCCCUUACUUUCGGUGCACCAAGCAAGAAACGUACACGCCAGGGAUCUCCCGCUCAAGACUCGCGACCUGUUGUUGUUGUGUGCUACGCGGAUGGGUCUCUUCUGCUCCAAGGUCUGAAUUCCGACGAUCGUCUCAUUCUAGAUGCUUCUGAUCUGUCUGGCUUCAUCAAAGAGAAGGACGGUCAGCUCUAUGAUGCCCCUCUUGAACUUGUGGACAUCGCAUUGAGUCCCCUUGGAGACGAUCAUAUUCUUCGGGACUACCUGGUUCUCCUCACUCCUCAGCAGCUUGUCGUUUAUGAGCCUUAUCACUACAAUGACAAGCUGAGGUUCCGAAAGAUCUUCCUUGAGCGAACCCCUACAAUCAACUCCGAUAGACGACUUACCCAAGUCCCUCUUAUUAACGGAAAACACACACUUGGAGUGACUGGUGAAACCGCGUACAUCUUAGUCAAGACUUUGCAUACUUCUCCGCGACUAAUCGAGUUCGGUGAGACUAAGGGCGCAGUUGCUUUCACUUCCUGGGACGGAAAAUUUGCUUACUUGACGCAAGCGGGAGAGGUGGCCGAGUGCAGAUUCGACCCUAGCUUUUCUCUCGAGACCAAUUGGCCCGUGAAGCAUGUCCAGCUCUGCGGAGAGACCAUUUCCAAAGUCACAUAUCACGAGACCAUGGACGUUUAUGUCAUUGCUACUCACAAGACAGUUCCCCAUGUUGUCCGUGAUGAAGACGACGAGGUGAUCGAGAGUCUUACACCAGACAUCAUGCCUGCCACUACCUAUCAGGGUGCCAUUCGCAUCGUCAACCCUUAUUCGUGGACUGUCAUUGACUCCUAUGAGUUCGAGAUGCCCGCUGAAGCGGCCCUCUGUUGCGAGUCUGUCAAGUUGUCCAUCUCUGAUAGAAAGUCACAAAAGCGGGAGGUGGUGGCUGUCGGAACCUCCAUUCUUAGAGGUGAGGAUCUCGCUGCUCGAGGUGCUCUGUACCUCUUUGAUGUCAUUGAGAUUGUUCCUGAGAAGGAACGACCCGAGACCAAUAGACGACUCAAGAAGCUGGUUCAGGACCGUGUCCGUGGGGCCUUCACUGCUGUCUGCGAGGUAUCUGGUCGUCUUCUAGCUGUCCAGGGCCAGAAGCUGCUUGUACAGGCUCUUCAGGAUGACCUUACCCUCGUUCCUGUUGCUUUCCUCGAUAUGCAGACUUACGUGGCCGUUGCCAAGAGUCUGAACUCCAUGCUUCUGCUCGGUGAUGCCACCCGAUCUGUCCAGUUUGUCGGGUUCUCCAUGGACCCGUACCAGAUGAUCCCGUUCGCCCGUGACCUGCAGAGGGUGUUGGUUACCACCUGUGACUUUGCUAUCGAGGGUGAGAACCUGACAUUUGUUGUGGCUGAUCUCCAGAAACGACUGCACAUCCUCGAGUACGACCCCGAUGACCCUCAGUCGUACUCUGGAGCCCGUCUCCUGAGACGUUCUGUAUUCUACUCUGGAAAGGUGAUCGAUUCCUCGGCCAUGGUACCCAUAAACGAGGAUCGAUUCAUGGUGAUUGGUGUGUGCAGUGAUGGAUCAGUGACUGACGUCGUCCCUUGCCCUGAAGAUGCCUACAGACGUCUCUAUGCCAUCCAGACUCAGAUCACCGACAAGGAAGCCCACGUCUGUGGGUUACAUCCUAGAGCCUACAGGUACGAUCCCAUCUUGCCUGGCACUGGAAACAGUCCCCACAGACCUAUUCUUGAUGGCCACACCUUGAUUCGAUUUGCUAACCUGCCCCGAAACAAGCAGAACGUGUAUGCUAACCGUCUGGGUCAGCGAUAUCAGCAGUUGAUCUGGAAGGACCUUGAGCUCAUCUCUGACCUGUUCAAGAAAUGUAUUUGA